UUUGUAGUUCCUAUACGGUGUCUACAGAGAGAAUGAGAGGGGUUUAGAGAGAGAGAUAAACCGAUGUGACCAGAAAAGCCGACGGCAAGAGCAGAUGGCACUACCGGCUUCUGCAUUCUCUCGUUCGAAUAUUCAGAUUAAGUUGUUCAAAUGCCAACUCUGUAGUCCCGUACUAGUUCGUGCCUGGAAUCAGCCAGCCUCUACCACUUGCUCUGUAAAACUACCUAGAAUGGCACAGUUCAGCCAACCUCCUAAUGUGAAGCUGCAUAUAGAUAGAGUGAGGGAGAAAUUACAAGAAGUCAUUCCUGAUUCACUUAAAGAUUUUCCAUGGAAGAAAGCAGAGCAUACAGCACUGAAGCAAUUGCUGCCGGCUGCACAGAAGGCUUUGAGGUGGUCUCUUAUUACACUGUUCACUCUAAGCUCCAUAUCAGAUGUCAUAUACUCCAUCUCCAGAAACAAAGAGUUGUUGAUUCCUAUAGGUCUCUUUUUUGGUUGCACAAUGACCGACUUCUUGAAAGAGACAUCUCAAGAAUUGUUUCGCAACUCAGAGGAAACAAGAUUGAGCCGGCACCUCCUGGGCAUAGGUUGCUUCUUUGUUCUUGUUAAGAUUAUCUCUACAUAUUUUCUGGUACGAGGACAGGUAUUUCUUUUGCAUGUUGCAAAUGGUGGGUUGAUGCAAGUUUUGUGGCUAUGGAGAAGUUUGCGAGAAAAACAAGAGAGAGACGAUAGAGUGAAUUUCUCACCGGAAGAUGCUUCCCCUACCAUGAACACAGAAGAUUAGAUACAAGUUUUGCUGCUGCAAUAUCCUAAAUAUUGUUAAUCACCUUUCAGAUGCUGUGUACGAUGUAAUUGUGUGUAUUAAAAGAGGGCGCCCUCUUAAUAGCAUUGCUCAUAAGAGGAUAUCGAUUCAACCACGGAAACAAGCCAUUUAAGUAGUCAUUCUCCCACAGUCGAAUGAAGAAAUUGCUUUUUGAUGCUUA